AUGAUGGCACACGAAUUAGGAACACCAAUACAUAUCAAUGAAAACACAAACGAUUUCCAGAACAAACUUAGAAGUCCGAAAAAGAGUUCUUCUGGGAAAACCCAUUAUGCUAAAUCUGAGGGAGAAGUAAGAUUGCUUCCGAGUGGAGCUCCUGUUGACUUUGGCAAUGGUAGUAAAAAAGGUAAAACACCUAUCAAAUUAUCUUCAUUGCCAUCGUUACCAAGCGGCGAAAAACCGGUUUUCUCAACUACAAGAGAUCGAAAAAAAACUUCGAAGAAAGAUAAGGAGAAAGAAAAUGGUAAUGGUAGUGGUAAUGGUAAGGAAAAGUCUAAACAAAAAGGUAAAGAAAGAGAGAAGGCAAAAGACAGCGAAAGAACAAGUGAGAAAAACACUCCUUUUGGCGACAACAGGUCCAAAAAAAAUAACAGUAGCCAUAUUGGUAAUAAUAAUAAUAACAACAACAACAACAACAUUAAAGGUACAAAAGAAAAAGGUAUUAUUGCAACUGGUCCUAUUGAAGAUAUGACUUACGCAGGAUCUUCCUUUCAUUCGUCACCAGCUGCCUUGGCUUUGCCGAAACCAAAAUUUAAGACAUCACCAAAACAGACUACGACGAAAGACGAAGCAGAAAACAUUGUGGCAGAUGGACUUCAGAACAUUUCCAUAUCUGAUUCUUUACCAUUGCAACAUCGUCCAGUUUCCACACCCCCUUCGCAACCAUUAGUCAACCCUGUCACUGCGUACCCACCAGGUAGUCUUCCACCUCAGAUGUAUCAGCAACCGCAACAAUAUCCUCAAUUUCCUCAUUCCUCCGUGGCCCCUCAUUUUAUUCAGCCUGGAUUUGCUUACCAAGUUAAUCAAAAUGGAUAUAUCUCUUAUCCACCUCAACAACCACCAUAUCAUGGGCCUUUUUCUACUCAACCACCACCACCACCCCAACAACAACAGCAGCAACAGCAACAGCAACAACAAAAACCUCAACAGCAACCUAUUUUUACUCAUUACAUGACUGCACCUCCAAUGAUGCAACAAUUACAACAACAACAACAUCAUCAUCAACAGCAGCAACCCCCUCUUUCUCAACUACAACCACAAAUUGCACAACCGCAGGCGGGCCAGAAGAUCACAUUUGAUGACCUUUUGCACUCAUCCAAAUAA